GUCAUGUGAUCAGCUGUGUCCAAUAACAGCUGAUCACAUGGGACAUGUACACUGAUCAUCAGGGCACUGAUGAUCAGUGUGCCCUGAUGAUCAGUGUAGCCCCAGCAGCGCCACCUGUCAGUGUCCAUCAGUGCCUUGUGUCAGUGCUCAUCAGUGCCUCGUGCCAGUGCCCAUCAGUGCCACAUCAAUGCCACAUAUCAGUGCCUACCAGUGCACAUCAAUGCCACAUAUCAGUGCCCAUCUGAGCUGCCUUUCAGUGUCACCCAUCAAUGCCAAUCAGUGGCACCUAUCAGUGCUGCCAAUCAGUGCCACCUAUCAGUGCCAGUCAGUGCGCAUCUGUGCCGCCUAUCAGUGCCAGUCAGUGCCGCCUAUCAGUGCCAGUCAGUGCCGCCUAUCAGUGCCAUAUAUCAGUGCCAUGUAUCAGUGCUGCCUUUCAGUG